GUACACAGAAUUCCCCGUUUGUACAUUUGACGCCAUUUUCACUGCAUCCAAACAUGUCACAAUAGGCGCGGAUACCCGACAGUGAGUUGUUUGAGUUUGCGAUGUGACAGUGUACUAGAACCAUGAGGAAGUUCGUCAACCGGUGCUUUUCUUCUCUUGUUCUUCUUUGUCUUCCGUCGUUACUAGUGAGCAUCCAAAGUAGAAAACCAAACUGUACGUUUCCGGAUUUUCUGGAAAGGGAUAAGCUAUGGCGCAGUGGAACGGAACUUCACGAUUCCGAAACUAUGUACUUUAAUGGAGAUUAUAUCGAUAUAAGGCAAAAUGACCUACGCUUUGAAAAGAGAUGUCAUGAGAUGAUUAACCGUGAAAAAGGGAUUUACCUAGUGGCCCACCUUCCUAAACAAGAUGGUAUAAAUGUUCGGACUUCAUAUUCUUGUAUUCAGUUUCUUAAAAGAUCGGACUCGGUAGUUCAGAUAAGAGAAUCUAACCCAUCGGAAUUUACGCUUUCAAUUUGUAAUGAGCAAAACAUGAUACUGAAAAAUCGUCCCAUUAUCAAGUUUCCUUUAGAGGACAACCCGUCUAUAAAAUGUCCUUUUUCUGGAGGAUAUAAUUUAAAGAUCACUUACAAGAUGGAAUUAAAGUGUGGAUUUUCUGUUAUUCGUCCUCGAAUGGAAAGCGAAUGCGAGGAUGGCGACGGGGUGACUCUGGAUUUUAGAAUAAGUGAGUGUAAGUUGGAUGAUGUUCACGGACUGAAAGAGAAACUAAGAUGUUUGGCAUCAUGGACUGAUAAAUCAGCGGAAAAUAAUUACACCUUUGUGGUUUUAGCAAAUGAUCAAAGGUUCCCAUUGUGUAUGAGAUUUGAAGGAAAUUUGUCGGAUUUGAAAAGAGCCACCAUUUUCCGUGACGGUAAAUGUGUUGUCAAUGACAGAGAUAGCUACUCGCAGACGAUAGAAAGGGUGAAUUUAGAGUUCGAAAAGAUGGUAGUUUCAAAUCUCUGCGAAAACGAGUUUGACUAUUGCGCACAAGAAUUUGCUUGCCCCAGGUAUCAGAAAUAUUGUCACAAGUCAUGUCGAGGCUGCCAACCUGAAACAAACGUCUGUUCGUUUCCAGAGGAUUUGAAAGGGGCUUGGCACACCGAUUUGAAAUCAAAGCCAAUUGUCAUGAAUAUUUCUACAUAUAACUUGCAUUUGCCAGGUGAUGGUAAUUUCAAGUGCGUUGGGAGAGCCAACUCCACAAAAGAAAGUGUCUACAGGUUAGCUUUGCUCCAUAUUUUUGAAAAUGGUUGUUUUCCUAGAAUGACAUGUUUUGAAUAUGAAAAGACAUCGAAAAUGACGCUACAGUACAAAUUUGGAACUAGAGUUGAAUGGCCACAGUUUCCGUUGGAUAAGAUGAUCCAUAGAACUUGCUUGAACAACCAGUUGAGGAAGCCAUUUUCAGUGGCGGUAAAUGGAGCCCAAAUCUAUACCACCAGUUGCAACCUGCCCAGUGACUUCGGAUUCAAGUCUGGUCAUAUCUAUCUUCGGGAUUCUAAUUCCAGGGAUUACUGCAUUGCAUACUACGAAUAUGGUUUAAGUGGCAAAUUCAAUAUGGUGGAUAUAAACAAAACAGAACCAGUGAACAAGGAACACAUGUGUCUGUCUUCUGAACAAUUCAAAGAUGGCAGCAUUCUAGUUGUGACGGCAUCGUUUUCUGAUCGUUCUUACAACUGUUGGGCAUUCAUGGGAAAGGGACACAAGCGGAGAAUAAUUCAACUCAGUCUUGAGGACUGUAACGAAGGCAGUCUUAAUUCACUAAUUGAUGGUAAAUAUACACCUAUUAAUUCAUUCAUUGUGUUAGAAGAACCUAAGAAUGUAUGUACCUUAAUGAUUGACAUUGCGACAGAACCCGGACCAUAUCGCACUCCUUCGGUUUCAAACUCGCCUUCGCCCUCAAAGCAGACGACACCACCCAUCUACAGGACGCCAUCGCAGCCCGGGUCAAUUUUAGCAAAUGAUCCCGACAGUGGUUCCGGGGCACAUUCUGGCACACUUCUUUUGUUGCUGUCCUCUUUUGUUUUUUGUACGUGUCUUUGAUUUGUAUAAUUAUAUGCUAAAAUUGCUCAAAUGCUGGAGACCAAAGUUAAAGGCACCAUUAUUGUCAAAAGACUGAAAAAAAAUGUCUUAAAAGAAAAGAUGAUUUUCAAUUGAAAGGUCUUGAAUUAUUACAAUAAUUCCCCUAGAAAAGUAAGAAGCCAGAGUGAUUGUUAAAAGAAGGAUUACAGCCACCAUGCAUGUCAGAUAGAAUAAUCUUAAGUUGAGUUUGGUUUAAGAAAGUUUCGGACUAAAGUGCGCAGGCGCAGAGAGGAAAAAUGGCUUUGCAAUAUCGAACCCUGCGACUAAUUAUAUCAGUUUGUUUACACUUCUAUAUAGUUUAUGGGGGAGUAAAAAAGUAAUUGCCUGUGAUAUACUGUACAAAAGGAUAUUGAUAUGUAUUUUAAAGAAGAGCUGAGUUUUAUGCUUGGCGUAAAAAAGGCCAUGUACUAUUGUGUAUACAGUGACAAUGCCUUUAUUCUAUUGCAUGCACAGAGCUACAUUAAAGUCGAGGAACAAAUAAGAGCUGGGCUGUUCGGACGAUUCAGAGAAUCGUACCUAAAAAUAAAAAUUUGCCUUUUA